UUACAGAGUCAAGUGAGUUCAAGUUUCCGCGCUUAUUUUAUACUUUUCCAAUUUUCUCGACAUGAUGAAGCAUCGGAAAGACCGAUCCCCACGUUCUUCACUAAAGAGCCGACGUAAGCACCGGGAGCGGUCCUCUAGCAGGCGAUCAGGUUCUCGAUCGCUCUCAAGAUCGCGACUUAACCUCUCUCGCCAGUCGCCGCACCAGCUUGAGAGAGAGAGUAUUCAGUGACGCGUUCACCAUCUUGUGACCGAAUCUUACACACACUAAGCGAGUUUAUGGAUUAUUGGAAGCAUCGGAGGUCCCCGGCACCCAGCGAGGUGUCGGAGGACGGGGAGAGACCAACGAUUCUACCUCCGCCACUAGAUCACACGUUGUCCUCGGAAAAGUCCGGCGAGGCUUCUGCCGAGAUAUACGUUGAGCAUAGGGCCUUCAGGGGCCAGGAUGGCGAUCCAGGACAGGUCUCAUCUCCACCUAAUAAUGUUUCCUUCUCUACACCAGUGAUCACAGCAACGCUUGAAGAAAACCUGCCUGAUAUAGAGGAGACUGAACCGAAUGGCCUUGCUUCCGAAUUAUUCGGAGAACAAUCUCGCCCACCUGUUGCAGCUAUUUGGUCGCAAAUUAUUUUAAACACGACCAAGUCAGAGGUCCGCACAGGUCUUAAAGAAGAAUUACGCAACACCUUCCUUUGAAAUGUUUUGUCGAAUGUAUUUUUGGUCCAACAUCAGCAAAUGCGGCAACCAUCAUGCAGUCAAAUUUCUCAUAUCCUAAUCUUCAUGUAAUAUUUUAAACAUACGUUCAGAAAAUGUGCCUGCGUCAUUUACUAUUAUUCUGACCUUCAAUCUCUGAUCAUUUAGUACGAUAUGAUGCACUUUGCCGACCAUUUCCUGAUUGCAGUUUUUGGGCGAACCGAGCGCUCGUCAUCAGAUAUACUUGUAGGCCAGCCUUAAACUCGGGUAACUCAAUCUUUCACCGUUGAAAAUGAAGGAGCAAAAUCACCGUAAAUAGAAUCCAACUUGGUUUUGAUUUCUCUUAUGGUUUUCCCUUUCAGAUUCAAAUGUUUAAUUACGGAACGAAAUUUGAUUUUUUCCAUCGUUAACUAAACAUACUGACACGCAUAUUACAACUCAUUGCAAAAACUAAACAUUGCAAUAACUAAACUUAGGGCUAAGCAUUA